AUGCAGUGUGUGUGGCACUCGACGGACCUCCUGCGUGAAAUCAUGUCCUUCCAACUCGGCGUGCCAUACGAUACCCAUACGCUCUUGCACGCGCUUCGAUCCCUUGUCUGGGACAACGCCGACGUCCUUGCAACGCUGCCGCCCGCGCUGGCGCCGAUCCACGACAUCUUUCCUGCGUGGUUCAAAGUCCAUGGCGCGCGCGGUCUCAAGCGCAUGCCAUGCAGCGUCGCCCUCGAACUCUUCUACUACGGCCUCUACUACGGCCAUCUCGACGUCAUUAUGCACUUUUGCGACAAGCUGCCCGUCGACUAUGUCGAGUGGCACCUCGUCAUCAUGUCGGGCAACGUCGUCGCCGUCAAGUUUCUCCUCGACGCGUACCCGGAUGGCUGCUUCUUCCAAACCAUCGAGCGCGCCAUCGAGCAUGGUCAUCUCGGCGUCGUCCGCGCGCUCCGAGCACAUGGCGUGCCGUGGCCAGCGACUGCGUGGAAGGUGGCGAGCCAGCACGGUCGCGCCGACAUUGCGUCGUACCUCGAUGCGUACAAGUGUCCGUGGCACGAGCACUGGCGCGGCGAAGUCGCUGAAGCCGCGGCCGAAGGUGGCCACGUCGACGUUCUCCGGGUCUUGCAGCGCCACCACGCGGAUGCGAUCACCGAGACGGCCAUGGACGCCGCCGCCGCGAAUGGCCAUGUCGACGCUGUCGCCUACUUGCACGAGCACGGCCAAGCCGGCUGCACGUCGCUAGCGCUCUCGACCGCGGUCCGCGCCGGCCACCUCGACGUUGUUGCGUUUCUUGCCGAGCAUUACGAGCUCGAUAAGAAGCUCGCGUCGCUCCGGCUUGCGUCGCCGACGAGCCAAGGCGAUGACGACAUUGAGGACGCCCAGCUGCGCGAGGAGCACGAGAGCUGGACGUCGGCGUGGCAGGCGUUCCAAGCCAAGGUGCAAACGCUGCUGUCGAGUCCGUCGCGGCCGACGACCAAGGCACCCAAGAUGCACUUUCGUGCGAUUCCACGUUUAAUUUAA